UCGGUCCGGGGGAGGCCUGGGGCCGCUGGCUUGUGCGCUGUCUCCGCCGCCCCCCCUUUCGCCGCCGCCGCCGCCGCCCCGGGCAUGUCGUCCAACUGCACCAGCACCACGGCGGUGGCGGUGGCGCCGCUCAGCGCCAGCAAGACCAAGACCAAGAAGAAGCAUUUCGUGUGCCAGAAAGUGAAGCUAUUCCGGGCCAGCGAGCCGAUCCUCAGCGUCCUGAUGUGGGGGGUGAACCACACGAUCAAUGAACUGAGCAAUGUCCCAGUCCCUGUCAUGCUAAUGCCUGAUGACUUCAAAGCCUACAGCAAGAUCAAGGUGGACAAUCAUCUCUUCAAUAAGGAGAACCUCCCCAGCCGCUUUAAAUUUAAGGAGUACUGCCCCAUGGUGUUCCGAAAUCUUCGAGAGAGGUUUGGGAUUGAUGAUCAGGAUUAUCAGAAUUCAGUGACGCGCAGCGCCCCCAUCAACAGUGACAGCCAGGGCCGGUGUGGCACGCGUUUCCUCACCACCUACGACCGGCGCUUUGUCAUCAAGACUGUGUCCAGUGAGGAUGUGGCUGAGAUGCACAACAUCUUAAAGAAAUAUCACCAGUUUAUAGUGGAAUGUCAUGGCAACACCCUUUUGCCACAGUUCCUGGGCAUGUACCGCCUGACUGUGGAUGGUGUGGAAACCUACAUGGUAGUUACCAGGAAUGUGUUCAGCCAUCGACUCAAUGUACAUCGCAAGUAUGACCUCAAGGGUUCUACUGUUGCCAGAGAAGCAAGCGACAAGGAGAAGGCUAAAGACUUACCAACCUUCAAAGACAAUGACUUCCUGAAUGAAGGGCAGAAGCUGCAUGUGGGAGAGGAGAGUAAAAAGAACUUCCUGGAGAAACUGAAGCGGGAUGUGGAGUUCUUGGCCCAGCUGAAGAUCAUGGACUACAGCUUGCUAGUGGGCAUCCAUGAUGUGGACCGAGCCGAGCAGGAGGAGAUGGAGGUGGAGGAGCGGGCAGAGGAUGAGGAGUGUGAGAAUGAUGGGGUGGGUGGCAACCUGCUCUGUUCUUACGGCACACCUCCGGAUAGUCCUGGCAACCUUCUCAGCUUCCCUCGGUUCUUUGGUCCUGGGGAAUUCGACCCUUCUGUUGAUGUCUAUGCCAUGAAAAGCCAUGAAAGUGCGCCCAAGAAGGAGGUCUAUUUCAUGGCCAUCAUUGAUAUCCUCACGCCAUAUGACGCUAAGAAGAAAGCUGCACAUGCUGCCAAAACAGUGAAACAUGGGGCAGGGGCCGAGAUCUCGACUGUGAACCCCGAGCAGUACUCCAAACGCUUCAACGAGUUUAUGUCCAACAUUCUGACGUAGUUAUCUUCUGCCUUCAGCCAGACCCACAGAGCUGGAUAUGGGGCCAGGGAUCGGGAGAGGGAGAGGGUGCACUGGAGCUAGAUGGGAGGGUGGGGUACAGAUUGGGGGGUUGGGAGAGAGCUUUAGCAAUCAUACUACAGUCUGUGACACUGAAAGAGACUAGCUGGGGAGGAGGGGGAUGGCUGCGUGUGCUCACAGGAUGUACCCUCACCUUCUGCUUACCCUUUAUUAUUUUUUUUUUUUUACCACAUUUGAUCCAUGUUAAAAAGGGGUUCCCUUUUUGGUACCUUGUAACCUUUUUAAGAUACCUUGGGGAUAGAUAUGAUUUAUUUGGUUUAUUUGGGCUUUGUUUUAGAAAUUUCAUUGCUCCAGGUUUGUUAUUUAAAAUAAUGUAUAUCAUCACCCUAUCCACCCUACCCUGCCCAGCUCUCACUUCCCUUCGAUAAGAGAGGCACCUGAUAGACCCAGCACACGGGUCCUCUCAGAGUAAGGUGCGCUGAUGGCAGAUUGGAGAGGAGGUCAGACGCCUCAGCCCUGCUGCAUUUGAUCUUCUCUGGGUUAACUUUUUAAUUUUAUGGAGUAUUGUGCACAACUUCCUCCACCUUUCAACCUUGGAUCCACGUUGAAAUUACAUUAUUCCUCCAUCCUGUCCUCCAGUGCUGUCCUCCCAAAGGAGUACUCCAGAUCAUCACCAAGCAUCUCAGAUCAGAGUCAGGAUCUCAGAGGGGAGUGAGUUCAUCCUCAUGGCUGAAGGUGGGAUGGUGGCAGGGGAGAGAGCUGGCUGAGUUCUCAGACAUCUGGUUCUCAGAGAACCCCGUGAUCAUCACCCAAGCCGCAGACUCAGCCCCUGGAGUUCAGAUGUCUUCUGUGUAAAGCCUGCCUCCCACGGGUCAAGAGGAACUAGAAAGUACCUUUGGAUUUACCAGGAUUACCCUCCUGCUUAAAUGGCUGUUUCCCUUUGGGAAAACACCAGAAACUGAUAAGUAUCAAAUGAGGUCUUAUGCCCUCCAUCCAUUUGCUUCCUUCUGACCUCCUCCCAGGCACCCUCACUCUGGCUGAGCUUUUAGCUCCAAGCACCUGGGAUGCUCUUUGCAGAGAUACCUCUUCAAGCCCCAGGACUACCAUGUAGGUAAUCUGGCUCCCUGUGCCUGUGGUCUGUCACCUGGACAGUUACAGCCAGCAAGGCGCUCCCUACUCUGGAGUGUGGCAUCCAAGCCCGAGGUUGCUUCUGAGUCACUUGAGAAUGUGACCUAGGAAAUCCAAUUUGGAGGCUUGAUGUGGGUUUUACUCACCCCCACAGACUUUUCUUAUUGCCCCCAUCUAGACUGUUAGCAGAUCUGCAGUCUGCAGGUAUCCUUGGAAGGAGUGGCACCUGGCCGCUUCCUUCAGGUUUUCCACCCACCUUCAGAGCCUGCUACCCAGACCCUCAGAACUGAGCCACAUGUGUCAUUCUGAUGCCAUCAGAGAGUCUGGUCUGGCUAGGAGAGGAAGUGGCCCUAUUGCUCUGCAUUGGGGGAGGUACAUUAUUACAUCUUCUCAGCCACUCACCAGGAACUUAGGAUUUGGGAUAUGAGAUACGGUGAGAUUUGUAGAUAACUCCAAGGAUGUGAAGAUGGUUUGUGGAACCAUUUUGAAUGGAUAGAUUGGUUUCCUGUGGCUCUCUUCAAACCUGGCCAAGCUCAGCUUCUGGAGCAGGAACCCGCAUUGUGUCUGUGCCCUACUCACAGCACAUAGGUUAGGAAGGAAUGGAGAUGGCACUCUGAGGAUAUCACUGAGGCUGCUGGAUGGGGUGGGAGCCCUUCUGGGAGGGGCAGAUGGGACUCAAACCACUGCCCUUGCCCCAGGAAGGGGCCACAGGUAGCUCUGAACAACUGUGGGAAGACCACUAAGUGACUUGGGGAACUUGGAAUCUAGUGGCUCAUGGAGAAAACAAAUUUGAUUUAGGAAAGGGAAUAUGUAAGGAAUAAUUUCUGGACUUGAUUUCCCCACCUCAUAAUCAAGAAUGAAAAUUUGGAUCUGCUCCUAGUCAGGCCCAACAUCUCCAAAGCGUGGAAGGCUAUCUUCCUGCAGCCUCCACAGCCUUGGAUGCCCACUGGCUUCUCUGCAUUUGGUCUGCUGAUCAUGUUGCCAUAAUGUGUAUGAAAUGUGUAACACAAUCUUAACAGUUAAAGACUACCCUACCAGGUAUCUAACUUGUUUUAACAUUGCGUGUGUAGGUGUAUGUAUGUGUGUGUGUAUGUAUGUGUGGGGGUUUUUUUGUGUGUGUAUAUUGUUUACAUUUGAGAGGUAGCGUUCUGUUUCAAAUGCUUUUUGUUUUAUGACAGUAUUGUUGAUUGGGUCAAAACAUUUUGAGCUGUGGCUUGGUGGAUUUUAGAUUUUUUUUUAAAGGUCAUUUUCUGUGCUAUAUUCAAAAUCUUUGGCUUUCUAAUUCUUUUGGCAUUCACAUGUUUAAAAGCUAUUUAUCUUGGUUUAUACAAGUUUUCUUUCUCUUGUUUUAUAAUGAUAAAGAUGCUCUAUUUGGUCUGCAGUCUGAAUGUAGAGAAAGUGAACUGAUCUCCGAACAAUCAUCUGCCCUAAUGCUUUUCUCCCUGAACCCCACCAUUCCCUUCUGGGCAGUAGAAGGUAUCUGAGGGGAAGUGACCACCCUCAGCCUCACUCCUUGGGGCCCUGCAGGAAAGCUAAUCAUUCUUAGGGCAUCCCAGAAUAAUUUUGGAUCUCCCAAGAAGAAAAGAGUAUAAGAAGGAGGACAUGGCUGAUUGGGUGAGGCCAGGAUGAGCAUGAGAACAGGAUUCCUCCCCAUUCCCUCAUUCCACCACAUAUGGGGCAGCAUCCAGUCUCACCUUCUCCAGUCCCUACCCUCUCCUUCCAAAGGUCCACAGCUAAGAAAGGAGUCUCUGCCCAAAGUGAGAAUUGUCCUAAAAACUCCAUUAAGAAGACCACUAGAUGGCCUAUGGCCCUGUUCCUGUUAAUUAACCACUAGGUCUAUGUCCCCCAGCACAAGCUCCUUCCCUGUGCCAGGCAGCUUGGGGGUUCCAGGGCAUGCUGGGAAGCAGUGGUUCUAGGCGCACAGGCUGAAGCAGUGCUCCAUCUUUCCUUAUCUAGCUCAGGGGUCACUGGUCUGUGGCAGGUGUCAUGAGUUGCCCCAGUGCCUGUUCUUAGUGGCACUCUCUUCAGUUCCCACCACAGGCAGCUCUUCCUCCUCUCUUACUUCACUUUUUUCUCUUGUCUGUGCUUUAGGCUUGAAUGGAUCUGGUAGUGCUCAGGGUGUGAGACUAGAUUCCUGCCCUGGUGACUUCCUUCCCCUCUAUGGUCUACCAGGGCCUGCCUUGGGAGGUGGACCAAAGACCCAGGACUUUUCUCAGUAGCCAGUCCUACCCCCCAGUUGUCUUUUUACCAAUUCAGGAUGGAAGAAAAGAAAAACUUCAGUAGUCUCCAGCAUUUGAAAUACUCAACUGUUGGGGGCCAGAAGGGACAGUAUGUUUAAAUAACCUUCAGAGCUCUGGCCUUAAACCUGUGGCUCCCCCAAGUCUAGAGACCUCACUUCUUUCUGGCAGUAAUGUGGGCAGGGGCUUCCUCCUACGGAAAACACAUUCAGACAACUGCCCCCAAAUCUACCAGCCAUCUAUAGGGGGCAGUGAUAAGGCCCUAGCCCUCCUCUGAUAUGUGCCAUUUAUAGUGCCCCCAAAGGAAAAAGGAGACUCAGCUGUUCCUCAGCAGGUUGUGCUGAGAUUCCAGGAAAGAGAAUAGGGAGAGUACACCCACAGGAGUCCCUUGUCCUUGCCCAGAGCUGUUUUGUAAGGAAGUGGGAGCCAACAAUCUUUAGGGGACGGCCCAGUGCUGCUCAGCACACCCCCGGCAUCAGGUCACAUCAUUGUAAUAAAAAAAUGUGAAUGAUGUUUAGAUUCAACUUUUGGAAAAGCAGGACAAACCAUCCCAUCAUGUGUGUGACUUCUCAAUUUCCCAUUUCAAUCUACAUUUUUUAAAUAGGAAUUUUCAACCCCUUGUGCUUGUCUAAUGUCUGCUCUAAACAGUUUGAGACUCUGUUACUGUUUUAAAAUGCAUGCAUGUUAAGAUGAAUCUCCAACCUGAGGAAAAUAAAACUCAAAAAGCUUUGUGUA